CCGCCAUCGGCAUUAUUUUGUGUUGUUAUUUAACAUUUAAUAUUUUGUUAAUAAUUUUAGUUGAGUAACAUAUUUUUCAAAUCCAUUUUAAUUAAUUUGUUAAUUUAUAACCAUACACUCAUCUUAUUCUAUAUAGUUUUACUACGUGUACGUAAAAAUUAUUUGUUUAACACAUUCAAUAUUCUUGUUCGAAUUAUUUUAUUCUACUAAAGUACUGUAAUACAUAGUCAUUAUUAUUUUUUUAGAAUAACUUUCUCUAAAAUGAGUCGCAAAGAAGCAUUAACACAAUUUAUACAACAAAUUCAUGGUCGUCCAGUAGUAGUAAAAUUAAAUAGCGGAGUUGAUUACAGAGGUAUUUAUUAAUUUAUAACAAAUAAUUAAAUGUUCAAGAUUUAUAGUUUAAACAUAUUUCAUAUUAUGAAAACAGUUUUAAGCUUUAUCAUUCUUUAUAAAAAUAUAAUUUAUUAGGUGUCAUGGCAUGUAUAGAUGGUUACAUGAAUAUUGCUCUUGAACAAACUGAAGAAUACAUUAAUGGGGAACUUAAAAACAAAUUUGGAGACUCCUUUAUUCGUGGUAAUAAUGUAUUAUAUAUUAGUACACAAAAAAGAAAAGGAGUGUAAGAUUUUAUAAAUAAUGUAAUAUAAUUAUUAUUAUUAAUAAUAUAAUAUUCCUAUACUUGUGAAAAAAAAUCAUUUAUAUAUU